AAUGUCUCGACGUAGCAGUGUGGGAGACCAGAGCCGUUACAGCUCUCUGGGAAAGUUCCAGAGAUCUGAGUCUUAUGAAAAAUACAGCAACCCCAGACCGAGCAGCCGGAGCAGCCAGAGCAGCCAGCGCAGUGUACUCUGCGAUUUCUGCCUGGUGAAAAAGAUGAAAGCUGUAAAGUCCUGUCUAACAUGUCUGACCUCAUUCUGCGAGACUCAUCUUCAGGCUCACUAUGAGUACCCAGCACUGAUGAAGCACAAAUUGGUGCCAGCAACAGGGCAGCUGAAGGAAAAGAUCUGCGCUGAACAUGACAAACUACUGGAGGUCUUCUGUCGCUCGGAUCAGAUGUGUGUCUGUGUUCUGUGCAUCAUGGAUGAACACAAAAAACACGACAUUGUCUCUGCUGCAGCUGAGAGGACUGAGAAACAGAAACAGCUUAGUGCUAAACUGAUGAGCUCUCAGCAGAAGAUUGAUGAGAGAGUGAAAAAGUGGCAAGACUUGAUGCAGGCUACAGAGUCUCUAAAGCAUUCAUCUCAGAGUGUGCUGGAGGAGAACGAGAGAAUAUUCACUGAGUUGAUGCAAGCUUUGGAGAGGAGGUACACCGACGUGAAGGAAAUGAUCCAAGCCCAAGAAUCAGCCCUGAUGAUUCAAGCUGAGAGACACUUGAGCCGAAUGGAGGAAGAAAUCACAUUACUGAAGAUGAAACACAAUGACCUGGAGAGGCUUUCUCACUCUGAAGAUCACAUUCAUUUCUUACAGAGCUGGCAGUCUCUUUCAGCACCCUCAGGAUAUGAGGACUUGUCCAAAGUGUCACUGGCCCCGGUUCACUCUUUUGAUAAAGUUAAGAAAGCCAUAUCUGAUCUUAAGGUGCAAGUAGAAGAUGUAAGCAAGUUAGAACUGAACAAGAUCUCAACUGCAGCAAGUGAAGUUCAAAUUCUGCAGAUUCUGGAACCAAAAAAGAGGGAUGAAUUUUUACAGCAUUACUGUCAGCUUUCCCUGGAUCCUCUAACAGCUCACCCAAACCUCCACCUGUCCAAAGGAAACACAGUCGUGCAGAUGAGCGAGCCCAAAUCAUACCCUGAGCACCCAGAGAGGUUUGACUACUGGCAGCAGGUGAUGUGCAGGGAGGCUAUGAUUGGUGGCCGUUACUACUGGGAGAUUGAAUGGAGCGGUACAGAAGUGGACAUAGCUGUAACCAGCAAAGAAAUAAGCAGGAAAGGCAAUGACAAUGUUUGCAGCUUUGGCUGGACUGACAAAUCCUGGAGUCUGUACUGCUCUGAGUCUAAGUGCACCUUCAUGCACCACAGCAAGCGUAUCUCUAUACCAUUGGCCAAUUCUUCAAGAAUAGGAGUAUAUUUAGACCACAAGGCUGCAACAUUGGCAUUUUAUAGUGUCUCAGACACAAUGACUCUCCUCCAUAGAGUAAAUACCUCUUUCACUCAGCCUCUCUAUGCAGGGUUUGGAGUCUGGGGCUAUGGAACAACUGUAAAGAUACUGUAAAGUUAAAAUAUGUUUACAUACACUGGGAAUAGGAGUCUUUGAGGUCUUCAUUGUAAGACCUUCUCAUUCAAAGGACAUGUCUACUUUAAAUAUGUAUUCUUUAAUAGCUUUAACUACUCCCUUACUGUUAAAGGACUAAGGUAAAUGUGAAGGAAGAAUCCACUAAUAAACUAAAGGAAAAAAAAUUGAAUGAGUUAAACACCGGAGCCUCUACACAGAAACCACUAGAUGGUGUUAUUCAAUCCCUCUCAUUGAUUUUGAAAGGCAAAUUAAGAUAAAAUAAAUGAGUAUUUCUGCUUUGUUCUUUGA